AUUUUCCAACAGGAAAUUGCAGACCGCUUAAAGGACAUUCUGGACAAAAUUAAUUUUGCACUGAACAGCGCAAGAUGUGACUACCACCAAGUGCAAAAUGUCACCUUCACCUCUGAGAAAAAAGACAGGGAGUGCUUGAUAAAUGCAAUCACUGAGUUUGCAACUAGCGCCAACACCAAAGUGGAAAUCCUUAAGUUUAUUCUACAGUGGCUGUCAAAGAGCAGUCAAAUUUUAAUUGAAGAAGAAGAGAUGGAGGACGAUGAAGAAGCUGAGAAGUUGUCAACAGAAUGGAUUGAGGAAGUUAACUUGAAAGUGCUAACAAGAUUGGCUUCUUUCCAAACUGGCAUAGAUCAUCUACAUAUAUUAUCCAAAGCCCUGUUUGAACUUCAACAUGAGCUUUUAAAAUCUACAUCAAAAGAAACUGGCAGCAAGGACACCACUGGCAAACGGGGGAGAGAGAAAAAGACAGAACUCAAAUUACUCAUGUAUCUCCAGGACAUGCAACCAAUGAGCACUGCCAAAAUGGUGGAACCACACAAUGGGAAACGGUUGGAAGCAGCAGUGGGAGAGAUUGAUGUGAUUCUAGCAGAUAUCACAAGGUAUCUUCCUUGCAAGAAAGUCCAGACAAUUGCCUUCAGGUAUGUUGGAAAAUUCAUUGAGAACCUUCACAAGGCAUUUCUCAUUCGGUCACAGGAAUACUCUGAGGUGGAAAAUGAACUAAGAAAGGCCGAGUCAAUUGGAUCCCAGAAUGCUGACUGUAAUCUGGCUAUUGAACUGAAACGUCUUCAAGAACACAGCAGUGCCCUCAAAACUCAAGCAGAAUUAGCAGAAUAUCAUUACAAGGAGGUGUCCAGCAAGAACCAGGACCUGGAAAAAACCAUCAAAUGUUUGAGGUCCAAAAUUGAGCAACUACAAAAUGGUGGGAAAGUCACUUCUGAAGAGAUCCCUCCGCCUGCUGAUUUGCUGGUGGAAAAAAAGCAGGCAAACAAAAUAAGCCAAAGUGUAGCACUGGUGAAAACGUCAAAGCAAAAAUUAAUUCUUGCAGAAAAUUUAAAGGUGAAAGGUCCCUCGAAUGAGGAGCCCAAAAAUAUUCUUUUUGGUGGGCAGGAUAGAACUGCAGAACAAAGAGUUGUCUCAGGGAAAAAUAUUCCCUUUGGAAAACCAGAGGAACAAAAGAUUGCCCCAGAAGUAUGCAAGAAGAAAACCCCUCCCUUUGGAAAGUCUACAAGGGAAAGUAUUUCCACAAAGCUAUCCAUUGGAAGGAUAACUCCUACAAGAUCGCCCAAAUUGGAAAUGAUCCUUAAUGAAGCAGUGAAGAGAAAGAUGACUAAAUCCAAUCUGAAUUCAGGGAAGAAACAGAGGGCAUGGGUUCAGAAAGAAGAAGCAUUAAAGACCAAAGCCCAGCUGAUGGUUGUGGAUUUGCUAACAGAUUUUCAAACUGCUGUUCUGUAUUCACUAGACCAUGGGCUACACAGUGGUAAAGACCUUGCACCAGAUGAUAUCGGUAAAGUGCAAGCACUUCUCAAGUCUGAGUUAAAGAAUCUUUAUGGAGUGAUUGAAAAUAUGAUUAAAGAAAUCUCUAUGCAAAAGCUCAAACAAGAACCUAUAGAGCAACCUGUCCAAGAUAGAAAGCCACUGGAGGAAAACCUGGCAGAGAAAUCAAAGGAGCAGCAACCUGAUUUAAUUGUUUUUGCAGAGCUUAUUGAGGAAAUUUCCAGAUUUGGGAUUAUUCAAGAGAUUGCUCUUGAUGAGCUGAGUGCCCAAGUUCAAUACUUCAUUGAAGAAACCAAACAGGACCAGAGCUUGUCACAAGAAGAAAUGCAUUUCCAUGAAAAGACCCUGCAAGCCUUAGAUACAAUUCUAGCACUGCAGAAAAGGUCCUCUCGGGCUGGAAUGGAUCAGUUAAUUAGGAUUCAAGAGGUAAUCAGUAACUUAUACUCCAGUAACAGUGCCCUUGAGCUUUAUAGAAAGGAAGUAAACCUGCAGACUGAAUACAGUAAGAACGAAGGGAUUUAUCUCCCUGUGACUCCAUCAGCAAUAACAGGAAGAACAAUUCAACCAAGGGGAGAAGACCUCCAGGUUGCUGAAGACAAGAAAAUUGUGGAAAUAUCAUAUACUGUGAAUGUUGCAUACCUCAGGACAACCUGUAAAAUUUUGGACCAAGCAGAGUAUGAUGGCAUCAUUUCCAAACAACUGAAUACCAUUGCUACACACCUGAUAUACAAGACACUAACAACUAUUCAGCUCCGACUGGCCUAUCUGUUCAGAAAAUAUUUCGCUUUCCAUCGUAUCCAAAUCUUUAGGUAG